GAAACUGAUCCUAUGCCUGAUCAAUGGACGGUACUCCGUACAUAACUCUAUUGUGGGGGAUAAAAUUUCCGUGGACUCAUUCCGCCCAGGAUACACAACAGACGUGUGGUGUGGUUGUGGUGAGAGGAUAGAGUUCAGAGGUGGUUGGUGGCGUGCUAGCACAAGUAACUUGGUAAACAGCAGGUCGGACCCGGGAGUGAGAUGGCGAUGACGCUUUGGCCAAGUACUCAAAACUACAGCCGAGGGGCGGGUCAAACAUUUAAUCAAUCAGCACGCAACAGCACAGCCGUACAUUAGCAACACAGAGUUCACUUGUCGCCUGUUGCAAAUCUGCACCGUCAAUCGCAGCCACGUCUUAUAGCCUCCGUACAACCCCAGACUCAUCGCUGUCGCUUCUGUAUUCGACCCCUGCAGAUCUCCACUCGCCGAUUCCCAGGCGUACUUGAACGAGCCUUUCCCCCGCAAGUUCGUGAUUCCUGAGCAGAAUCUCGCUCGCUAUGUCAUACUCAAACUCGAUGGCAACUCAAAACGCUCAGCGCCCCUCGGGAAGUCAGACAACAACUGUCCAGUCGCAGCCCGUAUUACGCUUAUCAGCGCCGACUGUCACACUUCGAUUGCGUGCUGAGCCUACCGAACAACGUCACAUUCAAUGGGCAGAGGAUGUAGUUGACAACGAAGGCAUGGGCAAGAAGUCCUCAAAAGUUUGCUGCAUCUACCACAAGCCACGUGCCGUCGGCGAGUCUUCCGACGAGUCGUCCUCAGAUUCCUCUUCCGAUUCCGAUUCUGAUAGCGAGCCCGAUAACAGCACGGCACGCCCUGCUGGAGGACGUCCAGGUGGAAAAGGAAGAGGUCGUCGACCACACAAACAUGACGAGGAUGGCCACAAUCAUGACGGGGACGGCCAUGGUCAUGGAGAACCAUCUGGUGCCCCAAAGCCGCGCCGCCGCCCACACCGCAAACCUAGCCCAAACGCUUACGAAAAGAUGCCAAAGAAUAAAUGAAAGAGGACUUGAUAUCAUAACGACAUUGACGAAAUCACAAUAGGGUGCUAUUAAAACACAAGCAAUCCCAUUAAGACAUGAGAUCGACGAGCGUGGAGUUUGGGAGUUUGCGCAACAGGAAAAAGGCCUAGUAUCUUGCAUUUAGUUACCUGCGUAUUGAUCCAGGAACAUCAGGACCGACUGCAGCGGUUCAUGCAUUGCAGCAUUGGGCAUUUAUAAUAGUAUCUUACUGGCCCUCUAGAUGCCCCCUUAUUUGUAGAGAUGGCUCGAAUUGACAUUGAACAGGACUCUGUUUCCUGACCACAUCUUGACCCCACUGUCUGCGGCUGUGAAUUGUGCCAUUUGACCUGAGUAUCUCAAGAACAGCUU